GCGGCGACUCGACCCCUUUCGACGUCGGUCUCCCGUCUCUCUCUCUGUCUCUCUGUCUUUCUCAGUCGAAACAAAUAAAUAUACAGAUAUAUAUAUAUAUAUAUAUAAAAAGUAAGAAAUACGUUUAAGGGAAGGAAAGACGGCCGUCGGAAAUGUACAGAACCAGAGCGAAGCAGAUAGACCUUUCCGGAAAGGAAGAAUUUAAAGACUUCAGAAACGUGGCAUUGGUUCCCAUGGAAACGUCAUCAUCAGAUGAUAGCUGCGAUAGUUUUGCUUCAGACAAUUUUGCGAACAGUAAAGCUAAAGUCAGACCAGAAAUUCUGACAGAAGAACUGGCUCGGAUUUUUAAUGAGGAUUCUGAUGAUAACGAAUCAUUCAAGGGUUUCUCUGAAAGUGACCUCAAAGAUGUAAUGGAAGCAAUGAGUGUUGAAUCAGAAGACAAAACUGAUGAUGAAACUGAGGAUGAAUCUGAAGAGGAUCAAAAAAUACAGCAAAAAUUCUCUGUUCCAUUACGUGUGGCUUUCAGAUUUCCAUCUCGCAAAAACAAUAAAAAUAAGUCUGUGGCAAACACUCGGUUUGCCUUGCAUAAGGAUUCAGCCUCUGACUCCGAUUCAGACAUGGAUGAACCGAAAGGAAAGAGCUUCCUGGAGAAAAGAGCUCUAAAUAUUAAAGAAAACAAAGCCAUGCUUGCUAAGCUGAUGGCAGAGCUGAAGACGAUGCCAGGACUUUUCCCAAGAAGACUCUCUGUUUUAUCAACACCCUCUAAAGCGAAACGUCCACCGAGAAAUGCAUUCACAGAGCACGUUUCCAGACGUAAUCCUGAACGUAGUGCUCGACCCCACACACGGUCAAGAUCCUUGAUUGAUGGUCCUCCUUCUCCAUCAUCUGAGCAAGAAGAUAAUGUCAGCUUUAUGAGGAAAAGAAAGUUUCUAGAUAAUGACUUCUCUGAGGAUGAAGUGCGUCAUCGCAGGAGAAGCCGGCCAAGCAUCCUCGCCAUCCCUCAUGUGGUGAGACCAGUGGAGGACAUCACUCAGGAAGAGCUGGACAACAUAUCUGUUUCAGCCAAAGAGAAAAUCUACAACCGAUCCACAGGAAGCACUUGCCACCAGUGUCGCCAAAAAACUAUGGAUACAAAAACAAACUGUCGGAACCCAGAAUGUGUGGGAGUCAGAGGCCAGUUCUGUGGCCCAUGUCUUCGCAAUCGAUAUGGUGAACAAGUUAGAACUGCUCUACUGGAUCCUGACUGGCACUGCCCACCGUGUAGAGAUAUUUGCAAUUGUAGUUUCUGCAGGCAGCGGGAGGGCCGAUGUGCUACUGGUGUUCUCGUUUACCUGGCCAAAUAUCACGGCUAUGACAAUGUGCAUGCCUACUUAAAGAGCUUAAGAAAAGAACUUGAAAUGGAAGACUAGCCUGGGGAAGAAGCGGUGAAACAGUAAAUAAUUCAUGGAAGUGUCUUGUUUCCUUUCUGCUUUUGCAGUGUACAUCUGUUUUUAAAAAAUGUUAGGAGUUGAAAAUAUGAGCAAAGAGCUUAGUUUGCAAUAUUUCUUUGGUUGAGUUACUUUUGUCAUGUCUAUAUAGGCUACCAUAAUCAAAUAAGAUCACUGCAGGGAGCAUAAAGAGGAAAGAGAUGCACAAAUUUGCACUAGCAUUAUUUUUUAGAUCUAAAUUGAUGGAUUUUACCAUUAUCUUGAUAUGCUAUGGUGGGUUAGGGACAUCUCAUCAGCCUUCCUAGUGAUAGCAAGCAAACCUUGUGAGGGUCUAUUUACUUGUAUUUAAUUUACAAUUGUUUUUUCAAGUAUUCAGUUUCAGCGAUCCAAGAUCUAAGAUUUAAUUUCAGUAAAAUUAGAAUCCCCAGCUUUCAUUCCUUAGCCCUACAGCUAGAAUUGUAUAACUUCUUAAUAGACCUCCAAUUUAAUUGUCAUAUAUUUUCUGGUAAUAGAACAAUAAUAAUUCCCAAAUGUAGUGUUCCGUAGUAAAAUCUCUAAAUUCAGGCUUUCUGGAGUUGCAUUUGCACUUGUACCUGGAAUGAUUCUCGUAUAACCUCCCAUAGGUAGGUCUAUACUGUUAAUGGUACAUAAACAAAGGAGAAUAGAGGGACAUCACUGCACUUAUACCUGAUGAUAUUUAGACAGCGAUACAUGUGUGUAUUAAUGAUUUGAAUCACAAAAUUUGAUCUGCAGUUUAUAAUCCAUCCAUUAACUGUGGAAUGAGUUUGAAUGCCUGAGAGCAACGGAGAAUUGUUCAAUUGCAUUUUGUACAAUGUUUUCCCAGAAUAUUUGCUUGCAUUGGUAUUAUGUGAUCUGAUGAUAUUGUAUAUCUCAAGUAGGUGACUUGAGCAUCAAUUGUAAAAAUUGCAAUUUUGAAAUGUGCAAAUUGAUUAUUGCAAUUUUUUGAAUUGGCUAAAACCAUGAAUCGCAGUGUUUGUUAUAAUUCGAGUAAUAAGUGUAGUAGAGUUGUUGCAAAUUUACAAUGUUCAGAAUAUAUUUUUAAUAAAAUAAAAAUUGCCUUCAUUUUA